AUACAAGCAUCGUCGCCGAGCUCUACGCGCGGACGCCAACGGCCGACACCACCAACCCCGUCGGCGCCAGCAUCGCGAUUCUUCGCUUUGGCGUCGCGACGGCAGACGGGGCGGCAGCGCUCAUCGCCUUCUGGAAAGAUUCAUCACGAGUCCAAGCGCUUGCUGCGUCAGCGUCGGCCGCCGGCGGUGGCCUGGAGCGCCUUCGAUCGCUAUCGGUCCAGGCCGUGGACGGUGCAGAUGCGACACCGGCGGUGGCUGCAUCGACCGACGCACCGACCGCCAAGUACGCACUGGCCAUCGAAAGCACUGGCGAGACAACGUCGCCGGCGGUGCACCACCGCUACAACCUCCACGUCGGCCUCGGUGUCGCCGCCCUCAACGCCU